AUGACGACUUCGCUGGUGCUGCAUCCACGCUGGGCGGACACCUUGAUGUACGUGUAUGAAAAAAGCCCGAAUGAAAGCAAUCAGAGUAAAAGCCAAACCAUGGAGGGAUUAAGCGGGAAUUGCCCUGCGACCCAUUGUCGGGACCUGAUUUCGCACCCCGCGUUGGGUAGGCAUUCUGGUACCAUACCGACUCACCAAGGAUCCGUGUACUCGGAUAUAUCUUCCCCUGACACUGGACGACAGUGUCCCGCACCCCAAACGUCAUCUAGCGCUUCUCUGGGCUACGGCUACCCGUUUGGAAACCCAUACUACGGGUGCAGAUUGUCUCACUCUCACAAUGUGAACUUGCAACAGAAACCGUGUUCGUACCAUCCCGCAGAAAAAUACGCCGAGCCCAGUACAGCUUUGCCAACAGAAGAGCUUUCCAGCAGGGCGAAAGAGUUCGCAUUCUACCCUAGCUUUGCCAGCUCUUAUCAAGCUGUCCCAGGAUAUCUAGACGUAUCGGUGGUUCCUAGUAUUAGUGCACACCCUGAGCCGCGACAUGACGCGUUGAUUCCCAUGGAGGGAUAUCAGCACUGGGCUCUGUCGAAUGGCUGGGAUGGGCAGGUGUACUGUUCUAAGGAGCAAACACAAUCCUCACAUCUUUGGAAAUCCCCGUUUCCAGAUGUUGUUCCGUUGCAGCCAGAAGUCAGUAGCUACCGGCGGGGACGCAAGAAGCGCGUUCCCUACACCAAGAUACAACUGAAGGAACUUGAAAAGGAGUAUGCAGCGAGCAAGUUCAUCACCAAAGACAAAAGACGACGCAUCUCUGCCACAACCAACCUCUCAGAGCGCCAAGUUACUAUUUGGUUUCAGAAUCGCCGCGUAAAGGAAAAAAAAUUUAUCAGUAAAUCUAAAACAAAUAGUCACAUGCACAGCACUUGA